AGAUGCGCUACCAUUGAAGAACCCCUUUCCAUUAUUGAAAUCCCCAAAGGUGCUAAGCAGCGAUGUGGUAGGGGCAUUUGCUGCAAAUAAACCUAGCUAUGUAAGGGAAGAUUGGAGACUUAAUUCUACAUUCAAUAUGGGGUUUAUGCUUUUCAGGUACACACUUAUAACAGGAAUGUUCUGGGAAGAACUGGAUGCUUUUUUGUUCGACACUAAACUGAAUAAGACACAUGCAAUAAUAUAUAGUGACCAGGGUAUCAUCAACAGUCUCUUACAUACGAUGAGCUUGACAUUGAGGAAGACUGCACUUCAGUUCUGCCUUACCUUGCCUAAGCAGUGCUUCAAUGGCAUCUACCAAGGGACAGGAUCAAGUGACCUUAAAGUAACUGCAUUUCCAGAGCAAAUAACCUGCAGAAGAACAUGUAAAACAAGAACUAACUUACACAAUGUGACUAUCUGGCACCCCCAAAGUAAAGGAACGGAGAAGAAUAUAGUGUGGUUUUUACGACCUGAUUGGCAAUUUAAAGUUAAAAACUCAAAUGCUACUGGAAUAGAUUUCUUAAAGGAAUUGACCGACUUCACAAAAUUUGACCUGAGGCACUUUUAAUCACUUUAAUCACACUCGCCUAGCUACAGGCCGCUGUAACCCCCUUUCACUACUAGACUACACAGGUAUGAAUUGUUUUCUUUUUAUCUCAAACUCGAUCUAUAAGUCUCAUUCUAGAUAUCUCAAUCGGUCGGUCGAUGUGACGUCACUCAUGUGUGCAUUAAUACUGCACACAUGCGCAAUACAAUAAAGAAGCCAAAAGGGAAAAAGGGCAGGGUGCUUCCUCUGGUGUGUCUGAGCGUUAACAUCUGCUGCCUCUAG